GCCCCACCCCUCGUGGCGGGCCCGCCAGUCCCCGCGCAGGCGCGCUCGGGCUGCCGCUGGCUCUUCGCACGCGGCCAUGGCGGACUCCGAGCUGCAGCUGGUUGAGCAGCGGAUCCGCAGCUUCCCCGACUUCCCCACCCCAGGCGUGGUAUUCAGGGACAUCUCGCCCGUCCUGAAGGACCCCGCCUCCUUCCGCGCCGCCAUCGGCCUCCUGGCGCGACACCUGAAGGCGACCCACGGGGGCCGCAUCGACUACAUCGCAGGCCUAGACUCCCGAGGCUUCCUCUUUGGCCCCUCCCUGGCCCAGGAGCUUGGACUGGGCUGCGUGCUCAUCCGAAAGCGGGGGAAGCUGCCAGGCCCCACUCUGUGGGCCUCCUAUUCCCUGGAGUACGGGAAGGCUGAGCUGGAGAUUCAGAAAGACGCCUUGGAGCCAGGACAGAGGGUGGUCGUCGUGGAUGAUCUGCUGGCCACUGGUGGGGCUGACCUGGAGCACCUGCUGUCUGCAGCCCAGGCCAACUGGGGACCUCACCCUCCCAUCCCCAGGAACCAUGAACGCUGCCUGUGAGCUGCUGGGCCGCCUGCAGGCUGAGGUCCUGGAGUGCGUGAGCCUGGUGGAGCUGACCUCGCUUAAGGGCAGGGAGAAGCUGGCACCUGUACCCUUCUUCUCUCUCCUGCAGUAUGAGUGACCGCAGGGCCUCCCAGCCCAACAUCUCCAGCUGGAUCCCAGGGAAAUAUCAGCCUUGGGCAACUGCAGUGACCAGGGGCACCGGCUGCCCACAGGGAACACAUUCCUUUGCUGGGGUUCAGCGCCUCUCCUGGGGCUGGAAGUGCCAAAGCCUGGGGCAAAGCUGUGUUUCAGCCACCCUGGACCCAAUUACACACAGCGGGAGAACGCAGUAAACAGCUUUCCCACAA